UUUUGAGGCCUCAGCGGGGACAGUGGGGGGAUGGAGGGGGCUCCCCAAAAUCAGAGGCCUCCCCCAAACUGGGGGGUCACAAGACCCCUGCUCAUCCUCAUCCUGCUCCUCGCAGGCUCCCAGUGCUCCCAGACCCCCCCUGAAGGCUGCGCCUCGUGCCCGACCCCCUCCCUGCCUCCCUCCCCGGAGCCCCCCGAGACGCCGACCCCUGUGAUCGUGACCACCGGGAGCCCCCCGACCCCCUCCUGCUCCCCGGCCCCACCCCGGGGGUGGCUCCGGGUGUGGGGGGGGCCCCCCUCCCGCGAGGGGCGCGUGGGGACCCCCCUGACCCUCGAGUGCCACUUCCGAGGCCCCCCCGACACCGCCCUGACCUGGCUCCAGGCGUGUCCCCCCGCGCUCGGGGAGGUCCCCCGGAGCUGCCCCUGGCCCCAGGAGGUGGUGGCCACCCGGGGGGGCCGCCGGAUGGACCGGGUGGUGCAGGAAGGGGGGGGAAGCUCCACCCUGACCUUCCCCAAACUGUCCCACAACGACUCCGGGCUCUUCUUCUGCCGCGUGGAGUCCGGGGGGGAGACGGCCCAGAGCUGCGGCACCUUCGUCAGGGUCCUCGAGCCGGUUCCCGCCCCGUUCCUGGCGCUGAGGGAGAGCACCAAGAACCGGAUCCUGACGGCGCAGGGGGUGCUGCUGCUGCUCUGCUCGGCCGGGCCGGGGCUGCUGCUGCUGCUCAGGAAGCGCUGGGCCAACGAGCAGCUGCUGCACCCCGAAAAAACCACAUGCGAGGAGGAAAACCUCUACGAGGGGCUGAACCUGGACGAGUGUUCGAUGUACGAGGACAUUUCCCGGGGGGUCCAACCCACCUACCAGGACGUGGGGACCCUCCCCGGCGACUCCCAGCUGGAAAAGCCCUGAGGGACCCCCCGAAAAAGGGGGGUGGGACCCCCUGGGAAGGGGUUUGGGAUCCCCUGGCUCUGCUUGGCCCCCCCAAUGCUCUGCUCUGGUGACACAAGGCCAUGCUGACCCCCCCCAAAAUAAAGCUGCUGCACUGCCGGA